UCCUCAUCCGCCUCGAACACUUCUCUCUGACUUUGAGAGGAACAGACACUUUCAGCAGCAAAGAAAGACUCAAAGAAAAAGGUAGAAGCAUGUGUUGUACGGGGAAAUGUGCCCGCCUGGUGGGCCUCAUCCUGCUGCCCUCAGCGUUCAUCUGCAUGAUCGCCAACCUGCUGCUGUUCUUCCCCGAUGGGAAUAGUCUGGACAACGAUCAAAUCUCCCUGCAGGUCUGGCUCAUGGGGGGGCUCAUCGGAGGAGGCCUCUUUAUGCUGUGUCCGAGCUGCUCGGCUAUCAGGGCCGGGGGCAAGGGUUGCUGCGGAAAUGGUUGCUGUGGUAACCGUUGCCGGAUGCUGAACUCUGUGUUCUCCUCUGCGUUCGGCCUGGUUGGAGCGAUCUACUGUACCAGUGUGUCCUCUGCAGGCCUGGCUAUUGGACCCAAGUGUAAGGUGGCCCACGACAAGUGGGAAUACCCCUUCGAAGACCUCGGCACUGGUAACACCAGCUACCUUUUAAACCAGACUAUGUGGAGCAUCUGCGAAUACCCUAAAAACGCAGUGAUGUGGCACGUGGUUCUGUUCUCCAUACUGUUGGCCAUGGGGGUGGUGCAGCUGGUGCUCUGCGGCAUCCAGGUGGUCAACGGCUGCAUCGGAUGCAUCUGCGGCGACUGUCGCAAAAGCAAAGAUGAUGAGAGUGGAUUGUGAAAGUGAAGAUCCCCAAGUUGUGAACCAACCGUCUCAAGAACCAGGAGCCAUUUCAUAUUCCGUUAUAACUCUCUUUAAAACAUUUUUCUGAUAUCCAAUUUCUCACACCAAGUCUGUCUAAAACACAUCAAUGAAUCCUUACUCCACUAUUUUGUGAAUUUUUUUCUAGCUGAUGGUAUGUGUGUAUUGCCUGACUUAUAUUGAUUAUAAGAGUAAGGCUCCACAUGGAACAUGUACUAAUCAAAGCAUAUUGUUUGUUUUAUGUGCUACUAUGUGUUGAGGUGAAUGUGACAACACAAUAAUAGCUGAUGAAUUCUCUAAGGGGAAGUUAUAUCAGUUCUCUGUGAUAAUCAACAUUAAAACUAAU